GCAGCAGUCAGAUCACAUCCAGAGCGCCAAACACACACAGGUACACGCAAACACUAUGGGAAAUUCGUCUCUCUUCAGGUGUGUCGCUUUAUUUCUUAUUUUAUUACACCAGACUUCGGGAUUCUGGCUUUUCAAUGUUAUCUUCCCUCCGACGGCCAAACCUCGCGUCAUAAAUAACAGCACUCCUCCACUUAUCAUUGUUCCUGGAAAUUUAGGUAACCGCCUGGAGGCCAAAAUUGACAAGCCCACACUGGUGCACUGGAUGUGCUACAAGAAAAGCGAGGACUGGUUUCCUCUGUGGAUUGACCUGAACAUGUUCAUGCCCAUUGGAGUAGACUGCUGGAUUGAUAAUAUAAGAAUUGUUUACAACAGAACCACUCGCAAGACGUCAAAUGCGCCCGGGGUGGAUGUCAGGGUUCCUGGAUUUGGACAGACGCACCCGAUUGAGUUUCUAGACUUAAACAAGCUGACCGGUUACUUCCACACUAUGGUUCAGCAUCUGGUCAGCAUUGGAUAUGUGCGAAACGAGACUGUCCGUGGAGCGCCGUAUGACUGGAGAAUCGCUCCGAAUGAGCAGGAGGAGUAUUUUUCACGUCUGAAAAACUUGGUGGAAGAAAUGCACGAUGAGUACAAGCAGCCCGUGUACCUGCUGGGCCACAGCAUGGGCAGCAACUACAUCCUGUACUUCCUCAAUCAGCAGACGCAGGACUGGAAAGACCACUACAUCAAGGGCUUCAUCUCUCUAGGGGCCCCUUGGGGAGGCGCUGUGAAGCCCCUCAGAGUCUUAGCAUCAGGUGAAAAUGACGGCAUACCCUUCGUCUCCAACAUAAAAAUUCGGGAAGAGCAACGUAUGACCACCACAAACCCGUGGAUGAUCCCUUCUGAGGAGACAUGGCCUAAAGACCACACCUUCAUCUCCACCCCCUUUUUCAACUACACCAAUCAGGACUACAUGCAGUUCUUCAAAGACAUCAACUUUGAGGACGGCUGGUACAUGUGGGACGACACCAGAAACCUCACCGCAGGCCUGCCAGCACCCGGAGUCGAGGUUUACUGCCUGUAUGGGGUAGGACUUCCUACACCCGUUACAUACAUAUACGACGAACAAUUUCCAAACGCUGACCCCAUAGAUAUUCUUUAUGAUGACGGAGACGAUACCGUUGACAGCCGAAGCAUGAGUCUUUGUAAACGCUGGAUUGGGAAGCAGGAGCAGGCCGUUCACGUGACCGAGUUCAGAGGCAUGCCUCAUUUGGACAUGGUGUUUAAUCACAAAUCACUCACAACAGUUCAGAGGAUUCUAGAAGGAACAUACAGGGAAGAGAAGGAUGUCGGUUUUGAACAGCCGUCGUCAAUUGGUUUUGUCUGAUAUUUUUUCGGUUAUUAAACUACCUGACAAAAGUCUUGUCGUCGAUCCAGUUGUAAGAGCAAGAAAUA